AUUUUGAUGGAAUCUAGCACUUUCAAACACGCAAACUUCGAAUCAGGCGACUUCGAUCCAAUUGAAAUUGCUAAUGUAUUCGUGCCUGGAUAUCAAAGUGAUCACUGACCAAUGAUCAACCACACGCGUCACAACAAGAAUUUUCUCUUGUAAACUACUUCAAAUUUAUUUCAAAUUAAACGGAUAAUAUA